CAUAUAUCUAGCUAUGUAACCAACCCAACCAACGAAGGCAACGAGUACUCGCCAAUCAGAGACAGAGUAGGACGGGUCAUGCCUUCGCCAUCCUAGGAAAACGUAAAUUUGCGACCACGUAGAGGAUACAUCCGGUUUGUGAGGUCAGUCUCUGUGCUGCCGCCAUAUUGCAGCGGGGACCGUUCAAAUAAAAGUGUAGUAGAAAAUGCCAGACUUUUGUGCUGUGGUUGGAUGUUCUAAUGGAAGAAAUGCCAAAACCAAGCAGCAGGGAAUAACAUUUCACAGGUUCCCAAAAGAUAAGGUUAAAAGACAGGCAUGGACAGUAGCACUGAGGAGAAGGGACUUUGAGCCACAUGCACGCUCAGUUGUCUGUAGCUGUCAUUUCAAGCCCGAAGACUUCGACAUGACUGGACAGACAACUCGUUUAAGGGAAGGAGCGAUCCCGUCAUUUCCUAACCAUCUUAGCAAAGUGCCCAGUAGGCCUACACCCAGGUCAAGCAGGACCUCGCAAAAAGCUGCUGCAGAAUGUCCUGAUGUUCCUGUUCAGCUGUCAGAGGACCUUCAGAAGUCAAACUUGGAUCAUCAGUAUGCCCUUGACCCAGUUAAAGUAAAAAAAAAGUUAACUGAGGCUCAGGAGAAAGUGGAGGAAUUGCAACGGGACUUAAGAAAUGCCAAGGAUCGGGAAAGAAGGAAUAAGAAGACAGUGAAAUCCCUGCAAGAGGAUUUAAAACACAAAAAUGUGCUUACCAAGGAACUGCAGCAGAAACUUGACUUCAAUUCAGGUAUCUGUCUGUGACUGGUUUUAUCAUCAACAUUGACACAUAACCCUGAUGAUAGCAGAGUUGCUGUGUGCACAUACUGCUUCAGCCAGGACCACUUGGAGUUACUCUUUCACUUCAUCAGGGCCUCAGGUGGAUGGAACAACAACCUGAGUGUGGUUCACUUCCAGAGUGUAUUCUGCCAUAUCAUGGUCUGAUGCAGCAUUUCUUAAGGAAACACAGGAUGACACAGUGGGUAUGUCCCUUGUCCUUAAAUUGCAUCCACGUUUCCUUCACUUGCUUCCCUUCCUCGCGUCUUAGUCCAUCCCACCACCGAGGAAGCAUGGGAGAGACACAAGGAAAUCAUGCGAGGAGAGAGGAAACAAGGAAAUGUGUUUUUAGAGAAAUUAAACAUUCUUUCCUCUGACGUGUCACGUAAAUUCGUCAGCUGUAUGGCUGUAGUUAGCAACGGCUUUAAGCUGCACGGCUUCCAGGAAGGCUGCUCUCGUGUAUCCUCGCUCAUAGCUCCUCAGAGAUCCCUCCUCGAUCCUUUGUCCUUGCUUCUCGGGGCAGGAAUAAGAGGGAUCCUCUUCAUUUGAGAAUAUCGUUAGUGUGUGUUGGACCACAGCUACCUGCCCCCUAGCUUUUCGGUGCCUAACCGAGAAUGCUCUGGUUUAUAUUGCAGGUUAUGAAGCAGAUUUCAUGUGAUGUAUGCUGUAACAGUUUCAUUAAUACAUUUGUUACAGUAACAGCAGCUUUUUGUGAUAGCUACCACAAAAAAACAAAAAUUCACACUCUACAGUUUCAGAGUGGCAGUUUAAGAAUGCAGCUAUGUAAAGUAGUGUUGUUGGGCUAUUGGAUAAGAAUGUCUUUGUUGUGACUUUGUGAGUGAAAGCGUGAAUACUAAGGUG